AUGGGUUGAGAAACCUCUUCUUUUCAACUUAAUACGUUCUCUACAAACACACCCGCAUGUGGACACACAAAACAGAUAACAGAGCCCAGCACACAAAGUCAGGAUGUGACAUCAUUCACAGGAAGAGAAACCAAACACUAUUUUAACUCUUUUCUACGUUGUCCACACUGCUGAGCAAAGUCAAAGCCCUUCUCGGACUGCUGAUCGACCAUCAGAGUGGAAAAGAUUCAGAAGAGAGGGAACAGCUGACUCUGACUCUCACAGCAAGUUUAAUCCUCUCUGAACCUUCAACAGCUUUCCACUACAUUCCAGCCACCCGCUGUAGGAUUUCAGUGAGAAAAGUCACAUCUGGAAACAAGGGCUCCCAGAAAUCUUCACAUGACAGACACUGAGACCUGCUGACCUGAUUUCACCCAGGCUGUUCCCUCUAAUUCGCUCAGGAAGCUCAGUUUUAUCAAACUCCGACUUAUUCUUCAUUGUGGAGACCCUAAUCUCCCCUUAUCUUGGGGGAAGCGGCUGAGUCAAUGGCGCUGUGUCUUGGACAAGUGUUCAGCAAAGCCAAAACAUUCAGGCCAAGGAAGCACUUUGAGCCUGGCACUCAGCGCUUCGAACUCUACAAGAAGGCCCAGGCCUCUCUCAAGUCAGGCCUGGACCUGAAGAAGGUGGUCCAGCUGCCCGAGGGGGAGAACCUCAAUGACUGGAUUGCAGUUCACGUGGUGGAUUUCUUUAACAGGAUUAACCUGAUCUACGGCACAGUCAGCGAAUAUUGCAGCGAGCGCACAUGCCCUAUCAUGUCUGGGGGUCUGAAGUACGAGUACAGAUGGCAGGAUGGUGACGACUACAGGAAACCCACCAAGCUGCCUGCUAUCAAGUAUAUGAACCUGCUGAUGGACUGGAUAGAGUCCCUUAUCAACAAUGAAGACAUCUUCCCCACCAGAGUAGGUGUGCCUUUUCCAAAGAACUUCCAGCAGGUGUGCAAGAAGAUCCUGAGCCGUCUCUUCAGAGUCUUUGUGCACGUUUACAUCCAUCACUUUGACAGCAUCUGCAGCAUGGGUGCCGAGGCCCACAUCAAUACCUGCUACAAACACUACUACUACUUCAUCUCAGAGUUCAGUCUCAUUGAUAACUCGGAGCUGGAACCACUGGUGAGCCGCAGUUUUAACACCAGUCUGUGUAUUGUCGGGUCGCCAUCUUGUAGCUGCCUAUCAUGUCUUUCGUGGAUGCUAGGUGGAGUAAAAACAGAAAAGAAUGAAUAUAUGCCAGUAAAAACUCUGGAUAUGCUGCUGUGAGAGCAAAUGCUGCACUCCACAAAUCUAUUUUCUAUGGAUGAGUGGAGAAAAAGAGGCAUUUUGAAGGAUAAUAACUGGAAGUCAGGUCUGCACUUUGCUAUUAGCCAUAUAGGGGAUGGUCAGAAGGCCAGAAUUUAAUUAUUUUAGAUCUUGGUGUAAAAUUUAGCAGAUUACAAGUAAUGGCACAUACCAUCCAAAAGGGGAAACAUCACAGAGGAAGCUUUAUGAUGCAGGAAUAGAUUCUUCCAUCCUAACAAGAAGACUGGUAAAUACUUAUUGUGGUAGAGGAAAGUACUUGAUUCAUGGUUGAAAAAUUGUGAUGAAAUAACCAGUGCUUAAAUCCAGACUUCGAAUUUGUCAGGUUUGGUGGAAGUUAGUUGAGGACCCAAAGGCAGAGAUGAGGAGGCAACGAUGAGUUUUGGUGACAGAGGCAACAUCCAAGAACCGAAAUACAGGAAACCAAAAACAAGAAGACAUCAGGGGAAAACACACAUUGGGAGCCAAGUAACAACAAGACACCAGUAAUGAUUAUCUGCAGAGGAGGUGUAUAUAUGGGGGACAGAACAAAGAAUGGGCUAAUGAGCUGAUAUGGAGCAGGUGUGGACAGAAGUAACUAGAAGGGAGCUUGGGGAAAGGAGACAGG